GCUCAAAAGAAAUAUGGGAUCUCGGUGCCGUACUUUUUGAAGACAUGACUGGCUUGUUUCAUUCAUAAAUUUUUUAUCACUCUUUGUUGUACAAAAAAAAGUUCAGAAUGGAUUAACCUUUUGUUUACAAAACGAAUCAAAAAUAGCCAGCAUUAUUAUGCAAAUCAGUUUAAUUAUUUCACAUUUAAAAACACUAAUUCACAAAAGCAAUCUUUGUGAGUAAGAUUGUAUUUUAAGCCAAUCAAAGAGUAGGCUAAAAAUUAUUGCCCAAUAGAUCAACGUGUUCUCUUGUAAACCUGUUUACUCGACUCUGAAUAUUUAAAAAUCUCGUAUAAAAGCUUGUGAAAUAUUUGGUGGUAGCUUUACUCACAACGAGUAGUUUUUUUGAGUGGGUGGUGAGUCGAGUCGUAAUUUAACUUCUACAGCACGAACCAGACAAAACAUCUUACUGGGAUUUUACAUACUAUUUUACACAUAAUUUAAAAGUUGACAAGGAAAUCUUCCAUACUUUCUGAAUAACUUUCACAACUGUGCUGAAGUGACGUGGUGUGUACCAACAAGAAAGAAACGUCUCAAAAUACACUUGAUAUUUACUCGUGAUCUGCACAAGUCGAUGUUUUUAUUCUAAACGAAAACAAGAAGAGUGUAUAGUCAUUUUAUCUCUCACUCCUUUCCGUUCAUCGUUCGCCAUCAGGUCAAAAGACAAACAGCUCACAGGACGCAAGUAAACAUAGAAAAGUUAAAUAUUGGCUUUCGCUGUUAAUAUGAGCAAAGUACGCGUACAGUCAUCAACAGUGGAAGAAAAGUUUGUGUUUGGAUCGCCACCGUUAUUCAAUGGUUUUACAUACAACACAUGUCGCUCACAGGAAGGGACGUACACAUCAAGCCAUGACUCGUCUUAUCAAAACCCAUCUCAACCAAGUGUGUCAAACGAAACUCGAACUUCUGCAGGAAACAUAGCUUCUUCUUCGCAGAGUUUAAAUAUGCAUGGACAUAACGAAACAAACUUUAAAAAUGGAUAUAGUCGCAGCUGUUUUUCAAACUAUCCGGUUACACGAAAUGGUUAUCAUAAUGGCGGAAAUUCGCUAGUUGAAAACUUCAAUCAUUUAUCUUUGAAUGGGUUAAGAACGAGCCAUGUAGACAAUGGAAUCAGGAUACUUAAACAAGCUGGUAUAAAAGUUCAAAAAUACACAAACAAUGAACCCGUUUUUAAAAAACGAAAGGACUUGCGAGUUCUGAAAUCGGUGUUAUCAAACGAGAGGUUUCGUCAGGUUGUUAUGAAAUUUGGUGACGGUGAUGAGGGAGGCAGAGAAAUCAUCGAGUCUGUUCAUAAAACAAUGAGAAGUUCGAACCUGGCAACCGUCAGCUGUUUGUUUUGUGCAAGUGAAUCUCAAGUGUAUGAGAAUUUUCCUGUGGUGGACGGAACAUUAUUUUUAACCCCCGUUCGUUUGUCAGAAAAUUGUGUAAAAUUCUGUGAACAAAAUUCAGAGACAACUCAACGUUACAUGGGAUAUAUAUGUGUUAGGUGCAUGGAAGGAAAACCUGCUUCCCUCAAAUGCUCAAGUUGUUCCACCCCAUGGAACGGAUCCUUCUUUCAAAUUGGCACCUUAUAUUCGUACAACAUACUGUCGGCCAUUCCGUGUUGUGAACAAAGAUUAUCAUGUAAACAUUGUCACGAAACUAUUAUAAACAUUGCAAAUGGAGAGGCAUCUACAUUGUAUUUUUCAUUCUUUUCAAACUUGUCAAAAUGUCCGUGUUGUCAAAACGAAGAUUAUCAUUUCGUGAAGCCACUAUCAACGAUAACUGGAUAAAUUGAUGAUCAGCAUGAAAAUUGUGUUUCAUAAAAUUAUUGUUAAAAUUAUAAUUAAAUGAAAACAAA